CAUUUGGACCUGUAAAGCAAAAAACUUCAAGAAAGUUCAUCUACACCUGCAAAAGAAUAUGGAUCCGCAAAAUCAAAAUACCUCUAAUCCUUUCUUAACUCGCUCGUCGACACGGGAUUCUACCACUCAGUACUGGACUCGUUCGGAGGAUAAGCUGUUUGAGAAUGCGUUGGUUACCUUCCCUGAAGAAAUCUCAGAUCGGUGGAAGAAGAUUGCCGACAGGAUUCCUGGAAAGUCAGCCGGCGAAGUGAAAGAGCAUUUUGAUAUGCUUUUGCACGAUGUUUACGAAAUCGAUGCCGGUCGAAUUAAAGUUCCUAAUUAUGCUGAUGAUUCAUCUGCCUUAUCUAGUUGUGAUUCUGAAAAACAGAUAUCUUUCACUUCAAAAGACAAUGAGAAAAGGAAAGGAACUCCGUGGACAGAAGAGGAACACAAAUUAUUUUUAAUUGGUCUGCAGAAAUUUGGUAAGGGUGAUUGGCGGAGUAUAUCGAGAAAUGUAGUGAUAACUCGAACACCUACUCAAGUGGCUAGCCAUGCUCAGAAAUACUUUCUUAGACAGAGUUCGGUAAAGAAAGAAAGAAAAAGAUCGAGCAUUCAUGACAUUACAACAGUCGAUGCACCUGUUGAGCAAAAUUGGGUUUCUAUGUCAAGUGGUCAGGCAUCUCUACUGCAACAAUUGCCCCCUCCUAACUAUUUGGCUUUGGAUGGAGGGUCCUUGGAGCAUGUAAACUAUGGUUUUCCGAUGUAGAUAGAUCGGUCAGUAAGUACAUACGUAUGUAUGUAUGUAAAUAUGUAUAUGUGCAUGUAAACCCAAGUCCCUAUGUCAAGUGGUCAGGCAUCUCUAUUGCAACAAUUGCCCCCCCCCCCCCCGAACUAUUUGACUUCGAAUGAAGGUUACUUAGAGUAUGAAAACUAUGGUUUUCCGAUGUAGAUAGAUCAGUAUGCAUGUAUAUAUGUGUGC